CACCACAAAUACAUCAGCAUGGAUUUCGUUCAAGUUGGAGAAGCUUUCGUGAAGCACUAUUACAGCACUUUUGAUCAAAAUAGACAAAAUAUUGCUCCAUUGUACACUGACAACAGUAUGCUCACAUGGGAAAAGGAUAAAAUUCAAGGAAGAGUUGAUAUUUUGAAGAAAUUAACUGAAUUGCCAUUCACCACUGUUAGACACGAUAUUAGCGUUUGCGAUUGUCAACCAAGUAUUUCCGGAGGUAUCAAUAUUUUGUGUACUGGUAGCGUUGUUAUUGAUAACGAACACCCACAUCCAUUCUGUGAAUUUUUCCACUUAAUCUCUGAAAAUGGUAACUUUUUCUUGACCAACCACAUCUUCAGAUUCAACUACAUGUAGAUUAAAUAAAUCCAUCACAUUUUCAUUUC